UCUGUCAGUCAGUCGUAAUCAUCGUUUUUAUUCGCGAGUAUUCUAAUGCGCUUUGUUUUCCGGAAACGUGUGUGAUAGUUUUAUUCGAUUUUCCUCCUACCAUACCACAAAGAAGAGAAAUAUUCUCACCGAGUAGACUUUCCCGGAGCGAUUCCACUCCCGAGAAGGCGCGUGUCCCGCAUCGAUACCGUUAUGACCAGCUAGUAGUUCCGAUCCCGAAAUUUCUGCUAUCGCCCUCUCUCUCUCUCUCUACCUCUGUCGAAUAUCUUGUGGCUGAAGACGGAAAACGCUAUGGAAAAUCUCAACUUCCCACCGGUGGAGUUCUGCCGUCCCGACGGCACUGAAACCAACGGAAUCGUCCUCCAGGAGUUUGCGAUAGUGCUUCGGAACAUCCACCACUUUGAGCAGAUUCCCACGGGUAAGUGGCUAUCGUUGCUGCAGGAAAAGUCCCUCAUCCGGCAGAAGCAGAACCGAAGGGAGGCGGAUCGGUUGCACAACCUGGCGGCCCAGCUGGCCGAGAAUGAUGAGUUGGACAAGGCGAUGAUUCACAUUACGCAGGCACUGUACCGCUGCCCGGCGGAUGAUACCCUGGCGAAGGCGAUCCUGUGUCAGAAGGGGGAACUGCUGAGGCGCCAGGAACGGAUACAGGAUGCAAUACGGCACUUGGAGAUGUGCUUGAAGAUCGAAGGUGAGAGGUUCUCGUUCGGGACGUACCUGUGUCUGCUGCGGUGCCACAAAGCGACCGGUAAUGCGCGGAAGGUCCGGACGACGUUGGAGCGGUGUUCGGCGUUCCUGAACCGAUGGAAGGACGAAUUUCAGCGGUACGAUUCGCAGCUGAAGAAUGAACCGAACAGGCACAUGGAGGACAUGAAGAAGGAAUUCGACCUUCACGCGAACUGCAUUCCGCAAGAGAUGUACAACGAUAAGUGUUUUAGGGUUGAACCUGCCGUGCAGGACGAUUACGUCGAGGAGAUUGAUUUUGAGCCAUUUAUGGGGUUUACGACGGAUAAGAAAAUUUGCGGUGCUUCCAGUGCUUGUAGUUUGGAUAUCGAAGACAAAGCUCGUGAACUGGUGGCCAAUACGGACAUUCCGGAAGGUUCAAUCGUACUAGUGGAACGGCCGCUAGCUUUCCAUCUGGAGUUUUCCAAAGUACAAUGCUACACCUGUCACGUCGUUCAGCCUCACGUUAUUCCCUGCUUCCACUGCCAAGGAGUGUUCUACUGUUCCUAUCAGUGCCAGCGGCGAGACGCUGGCUACCACCGGUACGAAUGCCUCGGCCAUCAGCUACUCUUCUUUCCUCUAGUCAACGGUAAUCUGGAAAUGCGGAUGCUGAUCCGUACCCUCAAUACUCUGAAACGAGUAAUGGCUGUGAAAUCGUCCUCCAACUACGAAGGUCCCCGGACGGCGAAUGAAUUGUUCGAAGUGCUCCUGGAAGGUCGGGAAGCGUUUGCGGAUCUGUUCAAUGCUCUGCUCGUUGAGCUGGACUACGACAGCUUUCGGCCGGAGGAUUUCGACGCGCUCAUGAUCAAAACCGAAAAAUUGCUCAGUUAUAUUAAGUUUGAUCGGAAGAUCAAGUCACUAUUCUUCGCCCAGUGGAAGCAAUUUGACGACCGCCAGUUCGACAUCUUCGUGGGAGGCUUACUGUUACACUUUUGCACCUUAACGAUGACCAAAGUACACCGACUGUCGUUCGACAUUCCGGCGACGGAGGAAUUUGUCGGAAGAAUCGAGGAUUUUGUUACGAUCGGAGAUGACGAGCGGAAGGAACCGCUCAAGAAAAUCAUCCUGGACGCUUUGGAGCGGUACGGUAAUGAGGCUUCCAGUAUUCUGCGAGCAUCGAUGAACACCGACAUGCUACGAGAAGGCGUCCUCCAACAUCUGGAAGUUCUUCGGGGCGAAUUUGAAGACAGCAAAAAUUCCAAUGAAGAACCAGCGUCCGACGACGACGACUCUGCCACCCGGUUGUGGACCCGUUCGAACGUCAAACGGCUAUGGCAAUCGUGUCUGGAUGGGGCGGGAAUGAACGCCGUGCAACGGACCACUUUCCUCAAUCACCAACGGGAACGAGCCGAAGAUGUGGUGGACAAAGCACUGCUCCGCUUCUUCGACAGCUACUUCGACUAUUUCGGCGAGAUUCCAAUGUGCAGCAAGAGUCGAUCCUUUCCGAACACACUGCGAACGUUCUACUCGACGGCGAUGAAGUUUAAGCACUCCUGCCAACCGAAUCUGUUCUUUGCCAUGAUUUCCAACGGUUUGUUCGUGGUCCGUGCCCGUUUCAAUAUUAGCAAAGGUGAAAAGCUCACCUUGAAUCACGGUCCGCAUUACAAGAAUGCCUCGCGGGAAAAACGUCGGGACUAUCUGCGGAAAAUCUACAUCAACUGUGAUUGCCUCGAGUGCGGUCAGAUCGAAGAUCACUGGACCCGCUACCAGCGCGUCAAGUGCGAGGAAUGUCUGUUCAAUGCGGAAGCGCCGCACACCUGUCCACAGUGCCUGCAGAUCAGGGAACAGUCCGGGGUGAUGGAACUGCUCAUCCAGCAGCUGCAGAGCAUCGAAGCGAAUCUAUGGCAAAGUCACCUGCCACAGUUGAUCCCCCUGUCGGCGCUGGGCCGAACGGCCGGAGGUCUACAAACGGCAACGGCUUCCGGCAAGCGUAAGGUCGAGUUGCUCAUGUUCUUCGAACGGAUAUGGCUGAUGGUGUUCGUGGAUGCAACCAACGUUCCGCUGUACAGCAACCUGAAGGAGCAGCUUUCGUGCUUUGCAGACGAAGUUAUUAUCGACUCCAUCGACGGUGUGUACGUCCUGCUGCAGCGCUGCAAAGCCAUCAUCGACACCCUGUUCCCGGAGAUGAGCGUUACCUUGGCCAUCGAGUACGAGCUGAUUGUGCGCCGGGUCGUCAAGUACAUGCUCCCGGCCAACAUUCAUUUUUUCAGAUUCCUCGGGCUGGACAUGCGCCAGGUGCAUCGGACGAUCGAUCUGUCCCGAUCGAUGAUAAGGCACGCCUUCGUAAUACUGGAGGGGCAUUUUCUGUACGACGAUGAGAGCUACCGGAAGCUCAUGGUGGUGGAAGACCGACUGAGGACGCUCGAGAAUAACAUCCGGGCAACGGAAGCCCAUGACGAGAGUGAGCUGUUCCUAACGUUGAUAGGAGCGCUGAAACAGACCAAGGACCCCGGUGAUGAUAAGCAGAAGAUGAUGCGUUUGAAACGACCUUCCCGAGAGGCACCGAAGAAGCAAUCGGACGAAACGCAACAUAUCGUCGAUCUGAAGCACGCCAGCCAGCAAACGAAGAAAAUCUCGCUGCCGAAUGGCGGCGACAGUAGUUAUGUUAGUCGAGACAGUGCCAAAACUGAAUAUAUCAAUAGUCCCACUGAAGGGGAAGUGAAUGGCAGCGUUGGCGAUGACUUGCAGCUCAAGACGGACAAGUCAACGAAACGCAAAGAAACCGGAGCCAUCCCGAAACCCAGUCGCACAACCAAACACCAUCGGAAGGUCUGAGGUGCCUUUCCGUUUCAAGUAUCCGGACUACCGUGUAAAUAUUUGUAGGAGGAAGCAGCUUUGGGUGCUGGUCUUCGAUCGAAAGGAUAUACGAAUUCCUUCGAUGACGGUUCAUUUAGUUUGCCGUUACUUUAUGCGCUCGAAUUUUACAAAAUUGUUUUGCGUACUGCAGUUUUACGCGUGAUUAUGAUUAGCCAAGUCAAAGACAAACGGGAUUCGCUAAUCUACUGUAGUUGAAUAUUAUGGAAAAGGACAAGAAGGGAGAAUGAUGUGUACAAAUCGAUCGAACCGCUUCUACGUAUGUAGCCAGGAGAAGGGUAUGUACAUUUUAAAAAUCAACGGUGGACCCAAAUAUGCGAGUAAGUACGAGCGAGUCGUCGACAUAGUUUUAAGGGUUAAUUUCGAAAUGCUGUCAAUGAUUCGAACAUCGCGCAGGUAGAAUUCGAUUGCUACCUAAGAAAAGCGAAAAGACAUCAGGACAUUUUCGGUUUUAAAUUUAGUUGUAUUAUGAUGCUUAAUGAAGAUAUACUUAAACAGCCAUACGCCAAACCAACGAAUAGUUCUAGAGUAGCAAAUAAAUGACAACUUGUUUCUGUACUGUAUAUGUCUAUUUAAACUACACACUAAUUGUUUGCUUGACAAAAGCUUAAGUUUAUGUUGAUCUUUAAUGUUCGGCUUUGACAGCUCUCCGCAGAAUAGUUUCGAGUCGAAUUUAAUUCUAGUCAAUUACCGUUGAAAGGAUUUAAUCGUUGGUUUAGCCUGUAAUCAUGUUAAAAUAUAAUGUUUAUCAAAACGAACAACUAGGUUAAAGGUUGCAAAACUGAACAGGUUUAGUUGCAAAUGGGAAGCGGUGAAGUUCGAGUUGGAAUAAGCGACGAAGAAUGCACUUUUGAGAUGCUUAGACCAUCCACACCCGCAAAGCUAUUUUAGCAACCGCACCGGAGGUUGCUAUUUAAGUGCGGGAAAUAACAAUCUGCCUCUCGGUGACCACAUUUGGCAGCGCGGUAGCAACCGACCCAAGCUAGCUAUUUGUGAAAUGUCAUUUUGGUUUUGUUUAAAAAUCACUUGCAAUAUAAUAAGUUUCAAUCUGGGACUUGUCCUCCGUAAAAGAUCCGGACCUUCCGUAAAAGUUGUCAAUGCGUAAAAAAUAUCCUAGGGACAAUCCAUAAAUGACAUAGCAUAUUCAUGAGCAGCUUUAGACACCCCACUUACCCCUUCGUAUCGUAAUUUGCAGUACCUACAUAAUGCAUGGCCGGCCUCAACUUUUGCAGACCCCCCUCUCCUAAAAUGCUACGUUAUUUAUGGAUUGUCUCCUAGAGUUCCCGGUUUAUUUUAAAUCACUUGUUCUGAUGCUACAUGUAUGAAUUAGGAUCUCGGACUGGCCCGAAGUUUAUAUGGGAAUUACUUCCUCACAAUUCAACAAACAAUUUGAGCUGAAUAAGCUAUUUUUAAGUAUCCAAUGAGACUUGAUGAUGGUCAGUUAUUGCCUGAUGUAUAUGUGAUUUCCAGGGAGAGCAGUCGUUCGA